CAAAAAAUAUAAAAACAUCAAAAUUGCAAGCGGUAAUUUCACAAAAAAAUAAAAUAUCGAAUGAAAAAUGGUUAAGCUAACUACAGAACUCAUUAAUUCGUGUAUGCAAUACAUUAAUCCAUGUCGCGAUCGUGAACUCGAUUUGAGAGGUUACAAAAUACCGGAAAUUCAAAAUAUGGGAAGUACUUUAGACCAGUUCGAUACCAUAGACUUCAGCGAUAAUGAUUUGAGAAAACUUGGAGGUUUCCCGCAUUUACAGAGAAUUAAAUGUCUUCUACUCAAUAACAAUAGAAUCGCACGUAUUGCUGAUGAUCUCCACGAAACUAUUCCAAACCUUGAGAGUUUGAUCCUCACCGGUAAUAAUCUUCAAGACCUUGGAGAUAUUGACUCGUUGUCAAAACUUCCGAAACUUGCAGUUCUUUCAUUACUGACAAAUCCCAUAGCCAGCAAGAAACAUUAUCGUGAAUACGUCAUAUUCAAAUUACCCCACCUUCACCUUCUUGACUUCAAAAAAAUUAAGCAAAAGGAACGAAUGGAGGCAGUGGCUUUCUUUAAAAGCAAAAAAGGCAAAGAAAUUCAAAAGGAAAUUCAAAAACGAAGUCGAUUAAAUCUUGUGACUUCAGCUGAAAACGACAAGCCAAAAGUUCAAAACGUUAAUGCUGAUAUACAAAAGAUACGUGAAGCUAUAUCGAAAGCCACCUCAUUACAAGAAGUGGAGCGUCUCACAAAAAUGUUGACAUCUGGACAAAUCAGCAGUGAAUUUUUUAAUGAAGAUGAAAUGAUGAAUUAA